ACCAGUAAGGGCGCUGCUCUGAAAUUGGUAGCUUUUCUCCAACAGCGCUGUAAGUUUAUUUAAAGUUAAAACUGUGGUAUAAAUUAUACCAUGCACAGUGUGUCGUGAUCAUUCUUACUAUAGCAGAUGAUCCAGACCAAAGUCUACCCGGGAGCCAGUCACCUUACCGGUGUCUUCUUUUUCUCUGCUGGGAUUGCACUCAACCUGACAGCCGUAAAAGCGGCGAGUGCUUUAUAAAAGAAAAUGGCUACAAAACGAGGGGAUAAACGGAACAUUGACGGCUCGGCUGUGUCGAAGGAGGAACUGGUCGCUAAUGCUAAGGACUCCACUGCACUGAACGACAGUUGCCCUGCUGCUGGAGGCUCAGCACGUAUGUCUCUCCUCAUUCUACUGGCUGUUUUCACCUGCUCAGCCUCAGUUAUGUAUCUGGUCUAUAGGAACUUCCCGGAGCUUCCCGAUGAUGAAAUGGAGAAAAUCAAGAUCCCGAAAGACAUGGAUGAUGCUAAAGCGUUGGGAACCGUGUUAUCCAAAUACAAAGACACUUACUACAGCCAGGUGUUGCUGGCCUACUUUGCAACAUAUGUUUUCCUACAGACCUUUGCAAUACCUGGAUCCAUUUUCCUCAGCAUCCUGUCUGGAUAUCUUUACCCAUUCCCCCUAGCUCUUUUCUUAGUCUGCCUGUGCUCUGGUUUGGGGGCUUCCUUUUGCUACAUGCUGUCCUACUUGGUAGGCCGACCCAUGGUCUACAAAUAUCUCACAGAAAAAGCCCAAAAGUGGUCCCACCAGGUUGACAAACACAGAGAUCAUUUAAUCAAUUACAUCAUUUUCUUGAGGAUAACGCCGUUCCUUCCCAACUGGUUUAUCAACAUCACCUCUCCAGUCAUCAAUGUGCCCUUAAGAGUUUUCUUCAUCGGGACCUUUUUAGGUGUGGCGCCGCCAUCUUUCGUAGCUAUCAACGCAGGUACAACACUGUACAAACUGACCACAGCCGGGGAGGCCGUGUCCUGGAACUCUCUGGCUGUGCUUGGCGUCCUCGCUGUGCUUUCCAUUUUGCCUGUCUGCUUCCAGAAAAAGCUGCAGCGGAAACUGGAGUAGCUCAGCCCGGGCUGAUCCCAUUCCUCAUAAAACUCCCCCUCCAAUAACUCUCAAGUCCUUCCACUCAGGAGCAUACAUCAAGUUGCUCUUCCUUGGUCACAACUGCUUGAUGUCUGGGUGGGAGGUUCUCCCCCUGGUGAUAUGAUAAACAUGCCUCGACCACACGGUCCACACAAUGUUGGUUUGUUCCUCAUGUUUGAACUGGCCACAGUGCACGCAUGUUUGAUUUUUUGUGAAUUAUUUGUCAUACUCUUUUUUUUUUUUCUUCUUCUUUUUUAAGGCACUUUGCAACAAAUUGUUUGGUCCUUGCUAGACAGUUAAAGGCACUGCUUGUAGUAUGUUGGAUACCAUUGAUAUAGUAUUCAGCCUAUGUUCCUAUACAAUCAUUUUUAAUAGGUGAUGGUAUUACUGCAGGCCAGCACGGUGUAACAGGUGUGAGUGCAUGUGCCUCACAAUACGAAGGUCCUGAGUUUUCCUUGGUUCAAUCCCGGGCUCGGGAUCUUUUUGUGUGGAGUUUGCAUGUUCUCCCCGUGACUGUGUGGGUUCCCUCCGCGUACUUCGAAUUCCUCCCACCGCCAAAAACAUGCACCUGGGGAUAGGUUGAUUGGCAACACUAAAUUGGCCCUAGUGUGUUAAUGUGAGUGUGAAUGUUGUCUGUCUAUCUGUGUUGGCCCUGUCAUGAGGUGCCGACUUGUCCAGAGUGUACAACGCCUUCCGCCCGAAUGCAGCUGAGAUAGGCUUCAGCAACCCCCCGCGACCCCAAACAGGACAAGCGGUAGAAAAUGGAUGGAUGGUAUUACUGCUUCCAAAGCACAUCAUUUCACAGUAACGUUCACUUCAGUGGAAUUCAAGAUCCUGUUUGCAGCCCCUAAACAUUCACUCACUGUCAUUUUGUUGUUUUUUUUCACAGAAAAAAGCAAAACCUCUGUCAUUGUCACUGAUGUGUUGAAAUUGAAGUUUAUUUUUUCGAUAUCAUAUCUGGUGCUUGCUUCAUAAAAAAAGUAAUUUUUAGAGGAGGAAGGGAAGGUGUACAGUGAGGUAAAAAACACACCUUGACUGAGAUAUAUUUACCAACUUUUUAUUUUUAUUUUGUAAGAGUUUUUGACUUUUACCUCUUAAAUAUGCCUGGAUCUGUUGCCAGAUAGUACCUUUUUUCUUCCAAGUAAUCUAAGUUGUGGUUGGAUUACAAAACUCAAAACUAAAUAUAAAUAUAUAAAACAAAAUUAAAUGUUCCCUUGAUUUAAAUGAUUUUGAAUGAAAUAUGUUGAAUUUUGCAAAAAGGGAUGACUUAGCUCGGUUGGUAGAGCGGCCGUGCCAGCAACUUGAGGGUUGCAGGUUCAAUUCCAGCUCCGCCGUCCUAGUCACUGCCGUUGUGUCCUUGGGCAAGACACUUUACCCACCUGCUCCCAGUGCCACCCACACUGGUUUAAAUGUAACUUAGAUAUUGGGUUUCACAAUGUAAAGCGCUUUGAGUCACUAGAGAAAAGCGCUAUAUAAAUAUAAUUCACUUCACUUCCUGACUGUAUUUAAAUAGUUUAUAUGCGUCUGUCUCCAUCCUCUACAAUGCGCCUGUACAAAUGUGUGCCAACAGACUCAAAUAUUGAAGUCUGGAAGGUCUAAACUUUGUCCAACUAAGUAAAAAUGUUUUUUGCCGUACUGCACAAUGUAUUCAGUAAAUAUGUACACACAGGCAAAGUGUUUUUAAAUGACAGAUUUUCUUAAGUAUUUGUAAUCUAUUUAUUUGUAGCAUUGUCAGACUUUUUUUAUUUCAUUGAUUUUGGUCUAUCAAAUGUCUUAAAGCUAUACAGUUUUCUGCUAACUGCUGAAAUAUAAUUCCCCAAAUAACACAUGUUGAAUGAUGACAAAUACACAGAUCACAUAAUGCACCAGUUGUGUAUAAACAUGCAAAUGUAUGAGACUUUGUUCUGAUAAGUUUUCUUCAUCUGAACUUUGAAGUUUGUUUUGUUUCUCACUGGACUGGCUCUGAGGGUAACUGUACUAAACAGGGUUCUUCCUUAAAGUAGGACAUUGUUUGAAAUGGGAAUUAAUGUCUUAAAUAAAAUUCUGCAACAAA